AUGCUUGCUUUCUGUAUUUUCUUCUUCUUAAGCAUAGUUUCCUCGAAGUACGCAGUGAUGCAAUAUGGCCAGAAUUAUUUUGUUUAUGAGCUUGGUACGUGCUAUUACUACACAAACAAAUACAUCAAUUUAUACGAGGAAGAUAAACAGAUUCGUACGAAGUCUGGCACGACGUGCAAAGAAAUGGAGGAUGACCCAUCUUUCAAUGCUUUAUUUGCUAUUUACGAACUUCGUGAUGAUAUUCCCGAGUUCUCAGCAGUGCAAUAUUUGUGGGAUUUGAAUGAAAAAUGUGAACUAUCCGACAAAGACGGCCAUCCACAAGAAUUUUUGUAUGCGGCGGGGUGUAACAAAGACAUCUCUGGUAAAUUCUAUAUCCAAUAUGUAUACGACGAAGAUAAGAACACAGUCUCAAUUAAUAAAUACUCAGAUGAAAAAUGCACAGUGGCAGAAGGAGAAGUCAUCACAAAAACAAAAGGUGAAUGUUUGAAGGAAACUGCUGGGUAUGUCACUUACUCAGACAAUAGUGUUAAAGUGUUCGUCAUAUUAGCGCUUGCAGUUAUGUUCAUCUUCUAA